AUGAACCAUCUUUCAAAGAUAGGGAAAGCAGUGCAAUGGCCGCCAAAGUCUAGCAAACCCGAGUCGAAGAAGGAUCCCUCGAAAUGGUGCGACUUCCAUGCUGACAUCGGCCACACAACCAACGAUUGCGUCGCACUGAGGAGAGAAGUGGGUUAUCUGUUAAAGAAUGAACAUCUAAAGGACGUCAUGUCAGACAAAGCUCGUGGAUUCGUCAACAAAGACAAUUCUAAUUCUCCAUCUAGACCUCCUCCACCUCCUCCUCAUAUUAAAAUUGUGAAUUUUAUUGCUGGAGGGGACAUCUCGGAUAAACAUCACGAUGGCCUAGUGAUCUCCAUUCCUGUUGGGAAUUGCAUGAUCAAACGCGUCCUUGUCGGCAACGGCAGCUCAACUAAUGUGAUGAUGCUUGAUGCCCUCAAAGAGAUGGGGCUUAACCCGGAUACAGACGUCAUUAAAAAAUCCACCGUGUUGAUAGGGUUCAGCGGCGAAGCGAAGACUACCUUCGGAGAAGUCACCUUACCUGUUUACGCUCAAGGGAUCAACCAACAGGCCAUGGAUCCACGACAUGAAGGUCAUCCCUUCCACGUAUCACCAAACCAUCAAGUUCCCAACUCGAUGGGGAGUUCAGGAAAUCAAGGGAGAUCAACAAGAGUCCAAAGAGUGCUACAAACCGGCCCUGAAGCCUUCGGCCACUAA